UGUUGUGAGCUGGUUGGCUUGGUAACGGCCCGAAGGGGGAGGAGCCUGAUGACCCAGGGACCAAUGAGGGGACAGAUAGCAACAGGUGAGCAGAAGAGACGCACCUGACCUCCGCCGUUGCAACACAACUCCGCGGAGGACAGAAGAAGAGGCUCCUGGGAGCCACAUCCUGACACACCGGGCCGGGAACCAGAGAAGCCGGGACCAUUUCAGCGCUCCGGACCGAACCGGACCGAACCGUGAAUUAAUCCUUAAAUCUGGACCCAGGGCCGGGGCAGCCUCAGUGAUCGGACAGGUCGGUGCGGUGGGGCCAGUUUCCACCUGAGUCGGAUUAUUGUUCCGGAAUUAAUCGGCUUUCUGCGUAAAAACGGCGACAUGUUCCGGCGGUCCGGGCGCAGCAGCGACUAGUCCCCGCAGCGUCAACUUCCAGGCGCUUGAUCCCCGAGUCCCGCAGGUCACAGCCGCUCCUGCCGCUCCAUGAUCAGCUCCGAGGGCCUGCGGCCGGCGCCCGGCUGCAGGAAGCCGCUGGGGAAGCUCGCCUCCCGGCUGGAGGAGGUGAAGAACCCGUGGAGGGAGGGCUCCAAGCUGGAGCUGAGCCACAACGAGGCGGCCCGGCUGGCCACGGACGCGCUGCUGGAGCAGGGAGAGAAGGAGUACCGGAGGGUCCUGGCCGAGGAGCGGGAGCUCAGCUUCCUGUCCCCGCUGGAGAUCCGCUACAUCAGCCAGCAUGCCGCCAGCAAGACCCCCGACCCGGACUGCAGCAACGACCGGGACGACGGGGACGCGGACGCCGUGUCCGAGCUCACCUCCGGGACCUACUUCCCCAUGAUGUCGGACGACGAGCCGCCGAUGCUGGAGCUCGGCUGGCCCGAGACCCCGUCGCGGUUCGGACCGUCAGAGACCCAGAUCUUCUUCCAGAGGGACAAGACCAACAACAUCAAGGACACGAUCCGCUCCAUGAUCGACAAGGCCAAAAAGGUCAUCGCCGUGGUGAUGGACAUCUUCACAGACGUGGACCUGAUGUGUGACCUGAUGGAGGCGUCCAACAAGCGGCGAGUUCCCGUCUACAUCCUCCUGGACGAGAAGAACGUCAGCUACUUCGUGGACAUGUGCGCGGCGCUGGACAUCCAGAGCUCACACCUGAAUAAUUUGCGAGUCCGCACCGUUUGCGGCGACACGUACUGCACCAGAGGGGGGAAGAAGUUCACGGGCCAGGUUCUGGAGAAGUUCAUGAUCAUCGACUGUGAGGAGGUGAUUGCAGGCUCCUACAGCUUCACCUGGCUGUCGUCUCAGGUGCACAGCAACCUGAUGAUGCAUUUCACAGGCGCCAUCACCGACUCCUUUGAUCGGGAGUUUCGCUGUCUGUACGCCGACUCGCAGAUCAUCGACAGAUUCAACCCUGAGGAUGAAGAGAUGCCUUAUUAUCCAUCGUUUCAGCACUUCAUGGCCCCUGGGUUAAACAUGGGGCUCGCUGGGACCCUGGGACUGGAUCUACACUCCGACAGGCAGCGGGACCGGAGCUGCUCGGAGAACUCCAGCAGCCAUUCCAGUAACAGCGUGUCCAGCAUUAAGGUCGCUCCUGGAAUGACCCAAAACGGCGUCUUCAGGGUCACUCAGGGUCACGAGAAGGAGCCGCCCAGCCAAGCCCGCCAAAGCCCAGAGAGAAGAAGUGGAGGUGGACUGAGAGUCGGAGGACCUGCCCCGCCGAUGCACAGCUCUCCAAACGGAGGAACCGGUCUUGGCCCACUCACCGAUCGCCAGUUACCUUCUUAUGUUCCAUUACCGGGCCCCGACUGGACCGGUCACACCCCAUCCGAACUCUUCAGAUCAAACAUUGGCGGCACAUCCGCUAAGUUUCAGGGACUGGGGUUGUACGACCACAAACCCAGCUUGUUUCAGAGCACCGCGACCUCAAACCUGAACCAUAAGAUCCAGGCCCCCUCUGCCGUCAACGAUCCCCAACUAACCCCCAAACAGAGGACACCCAACCAGUUUCUCAACAAAAUGUCUGACAAAUUCAUGCCCUUCUCCUACAAAGACAAAGAAACCUACAACUUCCGGAAGCCGCCAUCGCCACUGAACUCCUCAGCCUGGGGAGGACAUGAACUGUCCCAGCCAGAACCGGAGAGCAAGCAGCAGCCGCCGCCGCCGGCGCCGAUGUCUCCGCCGGGCAUCAUGAAUCGGCAGGACCAGAAGCGGAUGACGUUAGGCCACAGCAAGUUGGACCUGGUGAACCACUACAACAAGCUGAAAAGCAAACAGGUUUACAGCCGCUUUGAGCUUAAUGGCAAGAACUGGAACACCUGAGGAACCGCUCACCUGAGUGGUGAGCCGCUGUACGCCUCAGAGAAAGGACUGCUGGGACAUUCCAGACCUAACCUCCUUAUCGGUUCUCUUUUUAGUUCUUUAUACGCUUUUUAUCCUUUCCGACGGUCGGAAAAUGUGACAUUCAAGCUGAGCAGCCAUCUUGGCUCUGAGAUGCUGUUCAGUUUCCCUCCUCUGACUCUUUAGCCUCUUUAAGAAACAAGGAGCAACUUUAAGAUUAAAGGGAUUGUUCUGUUUUUAGGAUGAUCUCAGCAUAAAACAUUUAUACUUUCAUUUAUAGUUCAUCAACUACUGUUAAAACAUCAUGUUCUGGAAACAGAGGGUGUAGCAAAGAGGUAAUACUUGAUUAAACCCUGAAAACACUCCAUGAACCGUUUUCUCUUAGG